AUGGAACUGAUUGCAUGCGUCCCGUGGAUUAGAGAGUUCAGGAAGUCGUGGGGCUUCUUGUCAAACGCGGCCAUGAAAUACAUGCUUGAGUAUGUUCCCAGUAUUGAAGUUGACGCCCAGGAGAGACUAGGGGAGACUGCCCUGCACGAUAGCUGCGAACGAAAGGAUACCAAGGCCGUCGAGAUUCUCGUGAAAGCAGGAGCCCGUUGCGACAUCAGAAACGAGGACGGUCGGAUAGCUCUCGAGGUUGCCGAGCUGAAGGAGAACACAAAAAUCUUGGAGAUUCUCAAAAAGGCAAAGAAUUUUGACAGCACAGGUGGUAUACGUAUAAGAAAGACACUUAUCGAGGCUGUCGUUGCGGGUCCCGUAGAUGUACUGCAGAUCAGAAUCGCGAAUGCCAGCAUCGAGGAAUCCCAUAAGUCCUCGGCAUUUACUGGGAUUCCUCUUCACCAGGCAUGUGAGCAUGGUCGUGCGGACUUUGUCAAGAUGCUCCUUGACGCCGGUAGUAAUACCGAUAUCAAGAACUCCUUCAACCGUACACCGAUCCGCAUGGCCAUACACUUUGGCCGCCUCGAGUGUCUCAAGGUCCUCAUUGACCACGGUGCCAACAUGGAAGCCUCGCCCUACCACGAUUUCUCACUUUGGGAGUACGCAUAUUCACUUAGAUUCAUCGAUGCCGCCACGGUGCUGAUCAAGCGCGGUGCAAUUGUAAACAAGGCCUCUCGGUAUCUGAGCUCUCUGUUACUCCAGGCGGUAUAUGAUGAAAAUGCUGUCGUUGCAAGACACCUUGUCGAGGCAGGCGCUUCAAGACACCAAAAGGUGCGUGGCGUCGCAGCAAUGCAGUUGGCAUAUGAUGGAAAGUCACUCAAGGUGCUGGAGUACUUUGGUGGACUGGCUGAUAUGCGGAAUAGGUCGGCACAGCUGCGAGGGUACUUCGAGUUAUACCAAAACCCAGGUCAAUCCCGACCAAACACCCUCAACAUGGAGGAGGAGUCCUUCCAGUUCAACCUCCCUCCGGAGCUUCUUGAGAUUGUCGUGCAGUUUGCUAUCCCAACGAGAUCAUUCAAGAGAGCGAUGCGACUGAGGCUUGUUGAUCGAAAUUUCCGGCACAUAGUUGAGAAAUACAUGUUCCGCACGCGUCUGCUCGACGAGCAACUGAGCAUCAUAGGUGAUGACCUGACCCACCACCCCGAGCACCACCACUUGUACCGAGCUGGCGCCGUCGACACGCCAUGGUUCUCUUUUAUGAAGCAGUAUUAUGCCCAGAGAGUGCUUUACCAUCCAAAUCUCGUGGACCAGACAAGCCCAGAUAAUCUGCUCCUUAAAACUGCCACCUGUCUCGCUGAGCGCAAGGGUGUCAACCCGAGAGAGGAUAAGGAUGCCAUGCUAUCCAUCAUGACUACAGUAUGCCAAGUAGGAUUCUGGGAAAACUUUGCUUGCCUUCGCGGUCGGUCCUAUGGCAUAUUCAACUACAAAGUCUUUGUGGGCUCAGAGACUGCCCCCAACAAUCAGUAUCUUACCAAUCUGGCGUUCGCAAAUCUCUUGUUGAACGUGGUCCUGUACCUCGGCGACCUCGAUUUGAUCGCACAAGUUUGGAGAAUGGCGCUGCGGUAUCCAAACUUGAACUGGGGGUCCUCCAGGGACGGACACCUCUUUGUUGGGCAUGAGAUGAUCGCGGCCACCUACGGUGGUAUGAACGCCUUCAAGCUUUUCAACUACCUUUACACCGGCAUUUACAAAAAGGAGCAGUACGCCCGGCUCUUUUCCAACACUGGCAUCAUGAGGCUGGUGGUAAGCAUAUCCAAGCAAGCCGGCAACGCCAGGAUCAUCCAUUUCCUGCUGAACCUCGAGAAGCCGUGGGACCCGAGCGGCUCCUGGUUUGGCUUGCCACUCAAGGGAGCUUUACUGAACGCCCACACGCCCGACGUGUUUGAGCACCUCGCUCCCCUUGCCGGACCCCAAUUCACUCCGCAGAGUCCGUACCACAGAAAUGGCCAGUUCGUGAGCAGGUCUACGCCCAUAGGCGCUCGGCUGGCCCACCACGCCGCGCGGAAUAACAUGGUCAUGGUCCAGCACCUCGUUGGACGCAGCAGCCAAUCGUUUCUCAACUGCCCCGAGCCGGCCACCAUGUUGGACCAGCCUGUUAUCAGCAGCCGGAGAAGCAUCGUGCCGCCCAACUACAAGGUGGCUAAUCUGCUGGUGAAGCAGCAACCGCUCUACAAGGCCGUCAAGGCUGGCAACAUCGAGCUUGUGGACUACAUGCUGCAAGCCGGUGCAGACUGCAACAUAUCCCGAACCUCUCCAGAGACGGCACUGAGCGUGGCGGUGCGACGGUGCAACUUGAAGAUGGUGCGGAUGCUUAUCGAGAAGGGCGGCGCUGACCCUAAUCGUGGCACUCCGCCACCCAUCGUCCUGGCCUUUCAGUCCGAAUACCUAGCCAUGAUUCAUUUGCUGUUGGAGAAGGGCGCCAUUCUUGACACUACCAAGUCUGGUGGCUGGGCAAUGACCAUCGCCAACGAGGGUGGCCUCGACUCGAUGAAGAAGCUGCUUAUUGAUCUCGGGGUGAAGGACAGUCCGACGCAUGUUUCCCCAUAUGCAAAUUCGAGUGUCGAUUUCGAGCUGGAAUCUGUGAGGGAGCUCAUGCGUCCAGGCCCCCGGCCUCUGCUUUGA